AGCACCGUAAAGUACUGGACGGCGCAAUUGCUCUUGUGUCGCAAACAGCAAACGCCGACGCCCGGCACGAGUGCCUGCCAAAUCGCGAAGACGAGGCGAACUCUACGGGAAAAAAAGGGGGCAGGGAGGUGCACCAACCCAGUUCGAAGGAGUACGGACGAUGUUCCUCCGAAGGCCUUUGCAACGAGGGUCCGCCGGACAGGUGAUCUUGCCCUUCUCCUGGCUGGGGUGUGCCUCUGCGCGGUCCUUUUCCUCCACCACCGUUUUGCAAAAGAAGACGAUAAAGAAACGGUCAACCAAGCGUCCUAAACAUGAGCGGAAGCAGCCACAGCCGCAGCGCCUUACAUCUCCUACGGUGGUGGCCGCAGACGAGGUGAACGGUUCGACAAAGGCAGCAACGCUUCAGACUGCCCAUCCAGUCUGUCAGGCGGACUCCUCUGCCUCCGCUGCUGCCUCAACUUCGACAACAACCGCUGCGAGAGGCGGCAUUCGGGAGAAGGAGCGAGAUCUGCUGCGGUACUUUGGUCGUGCUCGCCACCACUACGACGCCGUGCCGCUGCACAAGGCGACGGCGGCGUUGCAGUGCGCUUCCAACGCCCAGGCGAACCGAGUGCCCUUCGCGACGUUAUUUCCGUCGCCGACGGUGUCUCCUCCACGAGCUUCGCGUACCUCACUGAUGAACGCGGAGGGCGGGGCGAACGCGUCCCUGUAUGCCACCACAUCCGAUGACGCACCUUACACUUCUCCGCCCUCAGUGGAUGCGUCGGCUUUCGCGGCACCAAACCUGUUCGUUGGCUACGAUCACAAGCUGCGUCAGUUCCCCGACUGGACGAGGGCACGAGCGCUAAACACACGCUUUGGCAGCGCGGUCGAUGGUAAUAAGCUGUUUGGCGCUCGUGAGGUACCGCUGCUGGACAUUUCGGAAGACACAUCGACGGUGUGGGCGACGCUGGGGACGGCCUGGGAAGAAGUACUUCUCCGCUGCUCCGCGUCGUGCAGUGCAGCUCUGUCGAUUCCUUCUCAUCAAUCGGUUUGCUUUGUGGUGUGCUUUGCGCAGACGCGACAAAGCUUUGCGAUUGCCUCCUCGAUGCAUUUCAUGGCCCAGGACGCCGUGCAACGAUGCGCGGCGAGUCCUGCGGCGGCUUCUCCAAUUUUUGCGGUGGUGCCGAUCUACGUUGGUGUACACGCACCCCUCGCCUCCACCCAUCGCGGCGAGCGUCGCGGCACCAAACAGGCGCAGCGAACACUGCACAGCUGCGUCGAGUACGCGUCUGGAGGUCUCUACACGUGCUCGGCAGUGACGCAGUGUCUUGCGCGGAUGGAGCCGCGCACCUGCGCCGUGCCCUCCACGGAGCCUGGACAAGACGCGCGUACGUACCGCCUCGACGCGCACGUCUUUUUAGUAUCGGAUACGUGGCUGAACGCGCGGAGUGUGGCCGACUUGUACGCUGGACACCUCCGUGCAUCGGAUGCGGGUGCGGCCGCCAUGCACAUGGCCGAUGCUACAUCUGCCCACGAGGAAAGGGAAGGGGCGGAGGGAAUUCAUGCCGGUGUAGUCCCCAUUUUUGAUAUGCUGAACGUGAAGAAGGACACCUCCGCAGCGGGCACUGGCGCCGCGACGGAGCCAGCCAUGCCGUUCAUUCCCGAUGCGUCGCGGCAGCACGUCCACGUCUUUCCAGGGGUCGUCUUUGACCAACUCAGCCGGAAGGAGCAAAGCGCCUUGGGGGCUUUUUUGUGGUGUACGAUGGAACGUGUGUGUGGGAAGGGCGUUGGUUCUGCGUAG